GACUUUGGUCACUUUCUUCUGCAAAAGCAGAGAACGGGUCAUUGGCAAGAACAAGGAACUGAUGACCCCAGUCUUAGGUUCUUUUAAGUGUUUAGGCUACAGAAGAAUCAAUGAUUUAUAAUGUGGACUCUAAAUAACCAUUUUACUGAAAUAGUUGUUUUGUUGAAUGAAUGCUCUUUUGUGUUCAGUCAUCAGAGUCUUGGAACCUGGAAUUAUAAAAGGUCACCUAAAUGGUUUAGGGCAGGAUAAGUAUUUUGGACUAUUCCCAGUGCUUUGUGUCAACAUGCUGCUUUCUUUUAUUCCUGGGUCUUUUGCAUCUCAUUGAAAAAGUUUCUAAAAGUAUUCACUAAUAUUUCAGAAAUUGCUUGGCUCAUUGCUGAGCUGCUCAAGGUGAGUUUCAGUAGACACUGCUGUCUUGGAUGCUUAAAACUUUUCAGAGUUUUCUGUAACCCGUUCUAACAUGUGUCUCUGUCUUUUCUACCAUCUUCAAGUGAAAACAUAGAACAUACUAUCGAUAACACUCAUUGCUUUCAGUCCUCUCCUCUUACAUUGUGGCUGUAUGUCUUGUCUCCUGCUUACUCCUAAUACAUGUGUAGGACUUUUUUCUGUGCAUGUAAGCUGAAACCUAUUUUGUACCUUAGCCUUUUUUAACUUACUAAUUUAUACUAUUCUGUCAUCCUGAUAUUAUGCUAUUUUUUUUCUGCGUCUGCUUUUGUGAGUUUAAUUGGUUGCCUUGACAGUUUUUGUGUCAUUCCUUUACCUCUUUGCCUUUCAGUUUCUUGAGUUCAUGGAAACUUUCUAGACCUGCCUUGAUUUCCUCAGAGGAAGUUCUAACACUCUCUUUUCACUUCUGUCCAAAUUGUCUCUGUUAUUAAAUAUUCAGACGUCCCAGUUGAUCAGAAACAAAAUAAUACCUUUUCUUCACUUCCUGAAACGAAACAUGACUGACUACAUUGUGGGAUUUUUAAACUAAUGACCUGGUUAGCUUUUGAACAAGCAGUGUAUCAGGACACGGUCACCCCUUUAUAGUCCUAUCACUUGCCCUUACCAGCCAGCCCUGCCCUUGCAAUCGCUCAGCAAUACAGCCUCUACCUCUCUUUCUCUGUUUCGGUAUCUUGACAGGGCUUCCGUUUUCCUUCUUUGAUUUCCACACUACAUGUUCAAUAAGUCUGAACUUUGGAGUGAGGUGGAUUGCAUCAUGUGUACCAUGCUUCUGGAACAGAAGUACUAUGGAACCUCUGCAGCUCUGGGAGUUUGGAAGGCUUAAAUCUAAGUUUGGAAAGGCUUUUUCCGUUCCAGAUGAUUUGCUGGCUUAAGCGCUUAAUUAGGAUGGCUUUUGAACAAGUUGGAUUAAACAUGGAAUCAGUGCUAUGGUCAAGCAAGCCUUAUGGUUCAUCUCGGAGUAUUGUAAGAAAAAUUGGUACUAACCUCUCUCUUAUACAGUGUCCAAGAGUUCAGUUUCAGCUUACUUCUCAUGCCACAGAAGGAAACCAUCCUAAUCAACUUAGAGAAGAUGCAGUGGCCUCCUUUGCAGAUGUGGGAUGGGUUGCUCAAGAAGAAGGUGAAGUCUCCACACGGCUCAGGUCAGAAGUUUGGUCAAAAACAGCCCAGCCUCUUUCAGGUGAACUUCAUUCUGGAAAGUCCCCAUACAGACAGAUGUCCUUACAAAACCCUGUGGAAGAAUCAGUGUCCAGGAACACAGUGACCGCAAAUGAAGAAGCUCUGCAGAAGAUCAGUGCUCUAGAAAAUGAACUAGCCACUUUAAGAGCACAAAUAGCCAAAAUUGUGAUCUUGCAGGAACAACAGAACCUGACGGCAGUUGGGCCAAGUCAAGUGGGUUCAGCUGCUAUCCUGGUUGCACCACCACCACCACCACCACCUCCUCCUCCUCCUCCUCCACCACCACUCCCUCCCCCAGGUCUACAACAGAGUACAUCUGCCAUUGAGCUUAUUAAAGAAAGAAAAAACAAAAAAAUGAACUCUGGGCAGAAUCUGACAGAAAAUGGGCCAAAGAAGUCUGAAAUACCAAACAUGCUAGAAAUCCUCAAAGACAUGAACAGCGUGAAACUACGCUCAGUGAAAAGAUCAUCAGAAGGUACAAAAUCUAAAGUGGCUGACCCUACAGAUCCUGCGGCAUUAAUAGCAGAAGCGCUCAAAAAGAAAUUUGCUUAUCGAUACCGAAACGAUAGCCAAAGUGAAACAGAAAAGGUGAUUCCAAAGACUGAAACAAAGACAAAGACUGAGGUAGUGCUGUUUGGACCGCACAUGCUGAAGUCUACAGGAAAAAUGAAGACUUUAAUUGAAAAAUCUUAACAUAUUAAGAUCACUACACAAAAGACUUAGGCUGUUUUGUCUGAAAUCUUUUAUGUUGCAAAUAGCACUAGUACUGAGUGGUCUCUUACAACCCAGGAAGAACCUAAUGUGAAACACAGAAUUGAGGCACUAAAUAUGUUUGUAUGUGAUUUAUCAAGGGGAAUAAAUUUGACCAUUAUACUCAGGUAUUAAUUUUGUAUUCAAACCUGGCUUUCUACUCAGACUUACAUGGUGGUUUAUUAAUGCUAAGUUAUAUAUGAACAUUCUUUGUGCAUAACUGACCACCUUUAAAAAUGUAUGUACAUGUUAAUAACAAUAGUGAUACACUCUUAAGUUAAUACCAGUUAUUUGAGCUCUAGCUGUAACUUGCACUACAAUGUUUAGUUUAAUACUGAAUUUUUCAUGUCAGUCUUUCUUUUAAACUUAAUUUUAGCAAACUUUUAGCCCAAAGAAAACCCGAAUGCAUUCUGCUUCUUACUGAAAAAGUAGAAACUUAAACCUGUUGCAGAGGUCACCUGGUAGGAGACAUUUUAAGUAGCAGCACGUUUUUGUGCAGGGUGGGGGGUUUUUUGUUUUGUUAUUUUCAAAUGAGCUUGCAAGGGUAAGAGAGCAAAACCUUCUUGUAUCAUCCUGUGGCCAGUGUAAAGAGUGCAUGACAAGUGAGUAAAUCAUGAUGUGGGAGCCUCUGUGAAUAGCUAGUCCAAUUAAUUUGAAAUAACCAGUAGAUAGCAGCAGAGUACAAUAAUGUCAGAGUAUGUGUUAACUUGCAUAGAAGUGGUGUAGAUAAGGAAAAAGGUACCAAGUACUGUGGGGUGCAAGUUGCCAAAAGUAUAUUGUUCUCAGCUGUGCUAAGAGAUGCUUGUGGACACCUUCUUACCCCCAGCUGUCUUGGGUCCCUGGAUAGGUUUCCAGCAGCUGGGGACCACAUAAGCCCUCAUGGUCCUGUCUGCAGGAACGAGAUGGUAUAAGCUGUUGCACAUAACCUGUUUUCCAGGGGAAGCUCUUUCAGUGACUUCCCACAGCAGCUAUUUGCUGCGAGACCUGUACAGGCCUAGUUCAUUAACCAGUGACCUGAGCUCACAUCUCCAGGCACAGAGGUAGAAAGGGCACAAGCCAAAAAUAAAAUUCAGGUUGCAAAAAGCUGUUUUAGAACCAGAGAGAGAUAGAACUUAGCUGCAGGCUUAAAUGAAGCCAAGGAUUGUUCAGACUGUUGAUGAGCAUAGAAAAAACUGAGUCUGGGUAUUUCAGUGUUCUAAGUUGAUCUGGCUACUGGAACAAGUACAAGUGCCUCUUGGAGCUUCUCUUUUCUAGGAAGAGAAAAAAGCAGCACUUCUUAAACACAGACAGCUGAAUGGUUACUGAAGAUGACUGAAGCUUUGCUGCUUGUAACUGGAAUGUAGAUUGUACAAUUGAGAAGGAUGUUUCCUGGUGUGAAACUUGAAAUGGUGUUAAUAUGUACACAAUGUCACUUCCUUCCAAAACGCUCUGCCAGCAGGCUUACUGACAGGCCAAAAAUCUUCGUGAUCUUUUAAAUGCCUUUAAAAACACCUUUUCAAAAGUUAAAUUCAGUUUCAAGUUUUGUAUUUAAUGCUCUUUUGCCACUAUAUAAAAUUAAAAGCAGUUAA